AUGGAUAGUGACGUCAAUACCAGGGUGCAGGAUAUCCCUGCAGAAAUACUACUCCGCUUGAACAAUUUGGAAACGCUUCUGGAGCAGCAAAGGGAAGCCAUCGCGAAGCUCACCGACCAGAUAGCCUCAAGUCCCGCCUCGCAGUACUCGAAUCCCUCCUGUUCGCCUCAGCUCCACUACGAUCCUCCCGCCUACAACCCUCCGGUCGGUUUCCCCCAACAGAGCCGUGCAUAUCAAGUUCCAUUUGAGAUUCCCUUGGGCCACCAUACGCCCACGGGGAGCUUCUUCGCGCUCGACCGUAUCAAAAACCUCAUCGGGGAAUACCCUCAUGAUUUCUUCUUUCGGCUGGAAGUCAAACGACCUUUUGACGAUUUCAAGGUGGUAGGCGUACCGCAAACGUUCGAGCAGAUCGAACGAUAUAGCCUGCAGCCCCAGGUCAUUCAUCCAUUAGUCCUCCAAUUCCUCGAACAUGUUCACCCAUUCUUUCCUAUUGUCGAAGAGAGCUCGGUCCAUGCGCUAUACGAUACAUUUCCGGCGUCUCCCAAAGCAAAUGUCCGAACAUCGCUUUGUCUCAUAAUUCUUGCAUUGGGGAAGGUCUCAUUGAACCCUUCAAGUAUCUUUGACAUCGAGGCAGAAAGAGGGCGCAGCGGGAUUGAGUAUUUUGCAUCCGCAUGGGCCAAUCUAAGCCAGGGCCUCCAGUCGGAUUUCUCAGUAGACCACAUAUUACCAGUUGCCUAUUUCUACGGCUCUUUGUAUCUACGCUAUAUCGGACGGCCACUUCAGGCCUGGCAGUUGAUCAAACGAGCCUCGGACAGUGUUCGGUUCAUGCUUACACAAACGCAAGCCACGAGUACGCCGGAGCAACGAGAGAUUCUCAUUCGAACUGCUUGGGGCUGUUAUAUCCUGGAAUGUGAUGACCUAGCGGAAUUCCAUCAUCUUAAUCGCAGCGGUAUCGAGGUUGUCGUCGAGCAACUUGGUUUCCCUUCAUUCUCGCUCUCUGUCAAUGGAAGCAAAAGCAAAAGCCGUCAAGUCUUCCUCGCAAUGUGCUCCAUCCGGACGAUCCUCAAUCGUGUCCAGGAAAACUCUCAUUCCAUCGAAGCUCAGCAUGCCAGCGACGUAACUACAAGUCCUCAAAAACACUCAUAUGGCUCUCUUGAGAAGAUAUGCCGAGAAUUCGACCGUCAGCUAGCGGCUUGGUUCGAGUGUCUGCCAACAGCCACCAAGCCAAACUUGGAUGCCGAGAUAAAUCCUACGGAUUUAUAUGACAGUUACAUCCGGGCCCGAUAUUAUGCAACAGAACACAUCAUCUGCCGCCCGAGUCUAUUCCUGGCAGCCCAGAGCAGCACGACAUUGCCGGUGUACAUAUUUGAAAAUUGCCAAAAGUGUGUUCACAGCUGUCGCGAGUUCAUCUUGGCGACCUCAUACCUUCUUCAGAAGAGGACCCAUUCAAAUUGGCCCAGGAUGCAAGCACUUUUGGCAGCAGUCUUCACCCUUUCAAUCGCCAAAACUACACCGUCUCUAGAAGCACUAGUGCAUGAUUUCGAUAUACUUGUGAAAGAUGCAAUUCAGACAAUCGAGCCUUGGGCGCGGCAUUUCGAAACGGCGGACACGAUCUUGGGAAUGAUGAAGACAAUUCGUCAAAAGCUUCGAAUGGGCGUUCGACUGCCCGGUGCAUCGUCUCUAUGGGAUAUCCAAAUUGAUACCUUGAGCGAUACAUCAACAGUCACCGGCGUGACCCCGCAUGCAUCGGAGGUGGCCGAUGCCCCUCUGGUCCUGCCAGCCUUGACGCAUCCACACAUCCAUCUCGACAAAGCGUUCAUUCACAGCGCGCCCGAGUAUGCCGAUCUACUGCCCUCGACGGGCACUUUCCAAGAGGCACUAUCAUCCACCACAAGGGCCAAACAACGAUUCAACCAUGCCGAUAUCCUGAAAAGAGGCGAGUGGUUACUUGCGGAGUCCGUCGCAUCAGGAGUGACCGCAAUGCGAGCGUUCGUGGAAGUAGACCACACCGUCAAGCUCACCUGCCUAGAAGCCGCCAUUGAGCUGAAAGAGAAAUGGGCGCAAUCGUGCCAUAUCCAAAUCGCCUGCUUUGCCCAAGACCCCAUAUUCUCCAGCGAUCACGGAGAAGAAAACAUGGACCUUUUGCAGACUGCCCUGUCGAAAUAUGACCAAAUCGACAAUAUCGAAUGGGCAAUCGACUGCGCUUUGCGAUUGAACAAGCACGUCGACUUCCAUUUAGACUACAACCUCGAUCCUAGCAAAGAACCACUAGUCUGGCACGUUCUCCAAAUCCUCAAAGAUCGAGACUGGACUUCACGCUCGUCCAAACGCGUCAUGCUCGGCCAUUGCUCACGCCUGACGCUCCUGCCAGAAAGUGAAUGGGCGCGUCUCGCUGCUGAAAUCCACGACAACCAAUUGCCUGUCGCGUUCGUGGGUCUACCCACCAGCGAUAUCUACAUGGCGUCGGCGCCGAACGAAAGUCCCCAAGAUCGUCAUCGAGGUACUCUCCAGAUCUUGCAUUUGAUUUACGAGUAUAAGCUCGAUGCAGUGAUGGGUGUGAAUAAUGUUGGCAAUUUGUUCACGCCGUGGGGUUCGGCGGAUCCGCUAUCGCUCGCUUGUCUGGGUGUAGGGAUUUACCAAGCUGGUAGCCAAGCGGAUGCUGAGUUGUUGUAUGAGUGUGUUUCGACGCGGGCUCGAGCGGCUAUUGGGUUGGCGGCUCGAGAGGGUCUUUGUGUGCGGGAUGGCUGGGUGCCGGAUCUGUUGCUGGUGCGUGAUAGGGAUGAGACUGGGUGUGGGGUUUCUAGACCCAGGUCGAGUGUCGCGGAGGUUGUAUGGGCUCCGCCUGGUGUGGCGAGUCGGGAUGUUGUCGUGGGUGGACGGUUGAAAAUUUCGCGGUUUGAAGCAGGAGAUACAGAUUUUUAUCACUUUUCAUGA